AAAAAAAGUGUCGCUAUCGAUUUGUUCUUUAAUGCAUUUAUUACUGAAUAUCGUCUAAGUUAACUGUAAAAAAGCACGCCCCAUCGUCAAAAAUGAAUCCGCAAGUGAUGCAAAUGGAUCCACGCGUCUUGCAAAUGCAACAGCAGCAACAUAUGCAACAGCAGCAGCAAAAUCCUGGCAUGGGACAAAUGCCUCCGUGCGGAGUUGUUGGCGGCGAGGCUCCGGGCAACGCAGCACCCGCAGCACAAAAGCAACGAAAGGGCCGCCAAUCGAAAAAUGCGGUAAAUAAAUUAGCGGUUAAAAUGGAUUAUAUCUCGAUAGAAGAUGCAUUAAAGAAUGAAAUCGACGAUAAGUCGAUGAAAACUCCAAUUUCGAUACUGCAAGAGUUACUUUCGCGUCGCGGAAUCACGCCAAAUUACGAGCUCGUGCAAAUUGAGGGCGCCGUGCACAAACCCAUGUUCAAAUAUCGCGUUUCCUUCAACGAUAAAGAGGCUUUUGGAUGCGGACCGUCGAAAAAACAGGCGAAGCACAACUGCGCAAAGGCUCUUAUUGCUCUCUUGACGGGCACUUCGUUGCCGAAUGACGAUGUCGAGACAAAUGGCAGCGCUAAUAACGAAAAUGACGACGAAAAAGUCGCCGGAAAUCCCAUCGGACAACUUCAGGAGCUCUGCAUGAGUCGCAAAUGGCCGCCACCAACGUACGAAACCGAAAUGGAAGUUGGGCUUCCGCAUGCGCGACAAUUCACGAUCGCCUGUUUCGUCUUGAACCAUCAAGAAGUCGGCAACGGUAAAAGCAAAAAAAUCGCGAAACGCAAUGCCGCGCACAAAAUGUGGCAAAAACUCAAGGACAUCCCGAUGGAUCAAAGUAUGGUCAUCCAACUCACCGACGAGGAUGGCAACGACGUAAAAGUUCCCGUUACGGCAUAUUCCGACCUCAAAGAUGCCAAAAUUGCGACUUUAACGAACCAGCACAGCUACAAAGUCUCUCAAUUCCAUAAACAACUGAAGGGAACUUAUGGCAAAACUCUCGCAAAGCUCCAAAAUACGUGUUUGAACCAAGACAUCAACUACGUGCAAUUUUUGCAAGAGAUCGCCUCCGAGCACCAAUUCGAAGUCACUUACGUCGACAUUGAAGAAAAAACCGUAACCGGUAAAUGGCAAUGUUUGGUACAACUUUCGACCUUGCCAGUAGCUGUCUGUCACGGAUCCGGCCCAAAUCCGCAAGAUGCACAAGCCAAUGCCGCUCGUAAUGCUUUGGAAUACUUGAAAAUUAUGACUAAACGUCAUAAGUAAGUUUUUUUCUUUUGAUUUUUAAAAAUUUACAAAAAUUUAAUUUUUUAUGUUGAAAAUUUUGAAAAAAAAAUUAUUAAAAAAUAUUCGUAAAAAAGUGUUAAAUGUAGAAAAUCAGUCUCAAAAAAAAAUUAUUUAAAGAAAAAAAUUCAUAAAAAUACGAUACAAGCCAGAAAAAUGGCCUUAAAACAACAAAAAAUCUAAAAAAAAAAUUAAAAAGGAUCCCAUGAUUUUUUUCAAUUCUGCAAAUUUAAAUCGCUUCAAUUUAUACAAAAAAAAAGUUCACAAGUGUGUAAAUAAAUGACGUUAAAAAUUUUAUUUGAGUUGAAAAUUUUUUAUUUAGACACAUUGUGAACAAGUUUGACAGACAUGAAAGAAAUAAUGAGCCUGGAUUUAUAGUUAAAUUUUAUUUUUUAAUGAACUAAAGAGAAAUAGAAAAAAAUUGAAGACUCAGGGAAAGAAAUUUAAUAAAAAAAAGUUCAAUUUUCUUU